CCAUUGAUUUUUGAAUUGUAGGGCUCAUGUUUGGGGGCAAUUUUGCUUAUGUUAUGAAGGACGUAAGCUUGUCAUUGAAACAACUUAUCUUAGAGAUUAUGGCAUCAAGGAUGGUGACCAGUGAUCUAUCCUAUAACUUUUUGGAAGGAGCAAUCCCAGAAAGUCUUGGAGAGUUGACAUCAUUACAGAGACUGAACCUAAAUGGGAAUAGGCUGUCUGGAAGUGUUCCAGCAAGUCUAGGAGGAAGACUAUUGCACAGAGCUAGCUUCAAUUUUACGGAUAACAGAGGACUGUGUGGUAUACCUGGUUUACCUAGCUGUGGACGUGGUGUCUUAGAGCGGGCAUUGGAUUAG